AUGUUUCAACCUAUUUCCCCUUUUCAGAACGACAGUACUCUGAAGUACAAUGGAAUGGAAAACUGGCCGCUAAUGGAUAGCCCAGUCACGACCUUCGCCAUCGUUUUGGCCUAUCUAAUCUUUGUGGUCUGGUUGGGUCCCAAGUUAAUGGCUCGUCGGCGCACUGGCUUUAGUAUGCGUCCACUCAUGCUCAUGUACAACGGAGCUAUGGUCGUUUUUUCUGGCUGGCUAUGGUACGAGUUUUGCGCUGCUGUUGAUCGAAGUCGACGUCCGAAAGCUUUGCGAAUGGCUCGAGUGUGCUGGUUUUUCUUCAUCAGUAAAUUAUUUGAGUUAUUCGACACGGCCUGCUUUGUCCUGCGUAAGAAGUUCGAUCAAGUCAGCUUUCUGCAUGUGUUUCAUCACUCCAUCAUGCCACUGUCUUGGUGGUUCGGAGUAAAAUAUGUUCCAGGUAAAUUAGAACCCCUGAUUCAUAUAUGUGGGUUUUAUGUAAACAUUCAAAUCCAUCCACUGUUUUCUGUCCAUUAUGCAUGUAGAAUCAUACGUUUACUCGUUACCUUUCUUUUCUUUUUUUCUUUUCAUUCUACUUCCUUUUAUUGA